UAUAUAAACGACAAUAGGGCCUGGCUAGCUGGUAGUGUUUCGCGACGCUUCAGUUCGUUGGAGCGCAAAUAAUACCGUUAACGCCCAUUAUAAAGGAUACGCGCGCCCGCGACAAAAUCAACAAUUCUAUCAUUGGAUAUGUGUGUGUGUACAUAUAAAAAGGAUUGAAUUAAGUGAUCUAUUGCCAGUGGCUGUCCAAAGCGAUAAGGACCUUAUUAAUAUGUAGUGAAAUCGAAGACUUCGCAAAACAAUUUAUAUUAUUAACAGUUUGUAAUUAAGAAAUUAUCAAGAGAACAAGGCAUGAAGGUACCAUUGGCAUUAUUGUGCCUUUGUAGCACAGUGUGGGCUAGUACAAAACCAAUUGCGAUUCCAGAUUGCAUACUCGCUGCAUCUGAUGGUUAUGCUUAUCCACCACCAAAAGUCCAACUUUCGGUGACUCCUGCAAGAGCUAAAUAUAAAUUAUCAAGUCAAUCAGAUGAUGGAUAUCUCAAUGUUGAUACGAUAAAAUCAUCCGAAUCAUAUUAUGAGAGUGGAGUUGGUGGAAAACUACUACAAAUAUCAACAAAUGCAGCAAUAAAAGAGGGCGGUAUUACAUAUGCUGACCAACCUCUCAAAACGGCGGGUAUUUUACAACCCGAAAUUGCUAUUUCAAAAACCGUUCUUCUACCACCCAAGGUGGAAAGGAUCUCUAACGCAUAUUUACCGCCAGCCGCUAAUAUCGUGCCAAAACUUGCAUUCACUUCACCGGGAUUAUCAAAAUCUUAUGCCACAUUACCUAAUAUACAAUUACAAAGUUUGUCUACGCCAACUAUUUCAAAGGGUGCUGAAUAUGAGUCAUCCGGGUAUUCUUACUAUCAAUCCAGCCCAACAAUUUCGAAAACCACAGCAUAUGUUAAUCCACUACAGACUGGGCACAUAAGCUCGUAUGCACCUGCAAUAUCCUAUAGCGUUCCAUACACACAAAAGUUAGGAAAUACGUUAGCCUCGGUAUCAUUAUCGAAAUUGGAGGGUAACUUGUUGGCCGAAAAAACGUCCACUCCACUUGGCUCUUACUCGUACGCGCCGAAUCUUGCAAGCACAUAUAUUUCAACAGCACCAGCUUCACAGUACGCAGGUUACGCGUCGGGUGGUGGGAUUUCUCACCAGUAUGUUUCGAAACCUAUUCAACAAAUUAGCGUCGGCCUUCCGGCUUUACCCAAAAUCUCUACAGUUGUAGCGCCAGCAGUCUCCAAAGUGCAAUCUUAUGUCGCACCUGCAGUUCUCUCUAGCGCCGGUUACUCAAAGUACGGAACAAGUGGAGCCUAUUCGCAUCAACAGAUCUCACAACCAGUGCAAUCUACAUCCUAUUUAACAGGCAUAGGCGCACCAGCUAUUGCACAAUAUCCCACCGCUGGUGCUUCUCUAAACAUUGGCAGCAGUAUUCUUUCAAAGCCUCUACAAUCUGUAAAGUAUGCUAGUAGUGGUGCAGUUUCGCACCAAUAUGUUUCAAAACCGUUGCAAACAGUAAGCUACCAGUCCGUACCUAUAGCAAAAGUACCAACUGUUGCUAUCCCAGCUGUAUCAAAAGUCGAAGCUUAUGCUGCACCCGCACUAACAAAAUAUUCCUCUGGAAUUGGAAUUUCUAAACUUGGCGGUUAUGGAGCUUCUACUAUUACACAAUAUACUUCAGGCCAUGGAAUUUCUAGUGGUGCAAUUUCUCAUCAGCACGUUUCUAAGCCUUUACAGCCCCUUAUUUACUCAGCUCCGGCGAUCUCAAAAGCAGCAGUGGUGCCACCAGUCGUUACAGCGGCUGUUACACAAUACUCAACAGGCUCCGGCUUAUCAUCUAUACAUUCAGGAUCACAAUCUGUAAAAUAUUCCGGUGGUGGCGCAGUUUCGCAUCAGUAUGUCUCGAAACCAGUACAGACUGUGAGUUAUGCUGCACCAAUUGCUAAAAUCUCGACUGCGCAAACAUUAACUUAUACCGCACCUGCAACACCCAACACACUAACUUCUAUUCCUACGGGCGCUCAAUCUGUCAAGUAUGAAAACAGUGGUGCGGUUUCGCACCAAUACGUUUCGAAGCCUUUGAAUACUGUAAAUUACGUCGCAACGCCAGUAACUAAAGUAGCGCCGGUAGCGGUUCCAGUCCCCUCUCUUACUCAAUAUACUUCUGGUCUAGGCUUAUCUAAAUCUAUAGACUAUGCAACUCCAGCUGUAACAUCUGUUAGCGAUGGCAAUUAUGCUUCUUACGGUUCAUCUGGUGCUAUAUCGCACCAGUAUGUUUCUAAGCCUCUACAAUCAGUUACUUAUUCAGCUCCUUCAAUAACUAAGAUAUCUGCAGCGGCACCAGUUGUAACACCUGUCUUAACACAAUAUGCUUCAGGCUCUGGAUUAGCUUCAGUACACACGGGUUCAUCGGUCAAAUACGAAGGUGGUGGCGCUGUUUCACAUCAGUACGUGUCCAAACCAUUGCAGACAGUGAGCUAUGCGCCUGCUCCAAUUGCAAAAGUACCUACGCUUGCCGCUCCAGCAAUAGCUAAAGUAGCCACUUAUGCGACUCCUGCAGUUACGCAGUAUUCAUCAGGACAUGGCGUAUCAAGCGGUGCUCUUUCACAUCAGUACGUUUCGAAACCCAUUCAACCAUUAACCUAUUCAGCUCCUGAUAUUGCUAAGGUUGCCGUUGAGACGUCACCUGUUACUCCUAUUGUGGCCCAAUACCCAUCGGGCUCUGGCCUAACAUCAAUAAAUUCCGGUUUACAGUCCAUUAAAUAUGGAAGCAGUGGUUCAAUUUCCCAACAUGGUACCUACGCUACGAUUCCAGCCAGUUCUUCCAUUCACUCAGGAGGAGCUAUAUCACAGCAGCAUGUAUCGACAUAUUCAGCUCCAUCGCUAACUAAAGUUGCUGCCGUGACACCUGUUGUAACGUCGACUCUCACCCAAUACCCUUCCGGAUCGGGCUUAACUUCUUUACAGUUAGGAUCACAGUCAGUAAAAUAUGCAAGUGGUGGUGCAGUAUCACAUCAGUAUAUAUCCAAGCCAGUUCAAACAGUGAGUUAUGCGUCCGCACCUGCUAUACCCACCGUUUCAAAGGUUGGAAUCUACGCCGCACCUGCGACUCCGCAAUAUUCUUCAGGUCUCGGUAUCUCAAGUGGAGCUAUUUCACAUCAACAUAUUUCCAAGCCCCUACAACCACUGACAUAUGCGAGCCCAGCAAUAACUAAAAUCGCCGCCCAGGCACCUAUUGUAACGCCAGCUCUCACCCAAUACACUUCGGGCUCAGGCCUAACGUCUGUACAUUCGGGAUUACAGUCAGUGAAAUACUCAAGUGGUGGUGCAGUUUCACAUCAGUACGUAUCCCAGCCCGUGAAAACUGUAGGUUAUGCGUCAACACCUGUGACGAAAGUAGCGACAGUCGCUGCUCCUGCCAUUGCUAUACCAACCGUUGCAAAGGUGGGAGUCUACAGCGCCCCUACGACCACGCAAUAUUCUUCCGGUCUCGGUAUAAUAAGUGGGGCUGUUUCAGGUUCAGGUUCACAGUCCGUCAAAUAUGAAAGUGGUGGCGCAGUUUCUCACCAGUACGUAUCGAAACCAGUCGUAAGUUAUGGAUCUCCACCUGUGGCAAAAGUGGCAGCAGUUCCUGUUCCCUCUGUUGCAAAAGUAGGCGUUUACGCUGCACCUGCAAUUACACAAUAUUCUUCUGGAUUAGGAGUUUCACAAGCUGGCUACAGCUAUGGUACAGCUCCCUCAGCUGCAACCAUACAGCUUACCAAUCCUUCUAUUAAAUCGAUACAGUCGGGUUUACAAUCUAUAAACUAUGCUAGUGGAGGCGCUAUCUCACACCAACAAGUUUCAAAGCCGGCACAGUCUUUACUGUUCGCCACACAAGCUGCAACAUUGACAACCCCAGCUAAAGGUUAUCUCCCGCCUGCACUCGGUAUAACAAAAACGUCUGCAUAUCCAGCUCCAGGCGUAACCUCUAUCCAAUCAAGUACUGGUUUUGCAAAAUAUGGCUCCAGCGGUUCAUUUUCACAACAAUACGUCUCCAGACAACCCAUUCUACAAUCGGGGUCUAGCGUCACGAUAGGCAACAUUAACGCAUACACAGCACCCGCCGCCGCAGCAGUGGUAACUAGUCCUGCGGUAGCAAAAGUAGCAACUUAUGCCGCACCUGCCUUAUCAUCAACGAUCCAAACAAAUGCUGGCUUAGGUGGAUUAUCCACAAGCGAUGUGAUAUCUACUCAAUACUCUGGUAUAUCUUCCAAAUCAGGUAUAGCUGGAUAUACAACCCUAACUUCACCGGGCAGUUUGGGUUUGGGUAAAUAUUUAUCCAAUGGCGCAAUCCUACACCAGCCACAAAUUCCAAUCGCAACCAGUUUGGCACAUCCGCUUUCUGGCAAAUCUAGUUACAGUUAUUCCGCUUCAGCACCGCUUACCUCAAUUGGCUAUUCCACCGCUCCCAUAGCACAUGGUGCAUACUAUGGAGCAAUCGCUUUAGGACACAGCGGUCUAUCACCAAUUUUGAAACUAGAUGGUUCGGGACAAAGUGCUUUGCAUGGACUCGGGGGCAAUUUAGGUAUUUCAACAUUGAAAUUAGAAAACCAACCAGCGUUGCCGCUUUUAAAGGGCGAAGGAGAAUUACUUAACGGUUAUUCACAUGGAAUUGGCGGCAUUGGACCGUUAGGCGGUGGACUCUACAGAUAUGCACCAUCAGUAUCGCCUCUAUUGGCGCAGAGCGCCAGUCCUACAGCGUAUUUAAAAGCUCAACCGACACUCAAAAUACAACCAGCUGUUAUUAAAACGAUUCCAGAAAAGCACUACGAACAUUAUAGUGACCAUGCAAGAUAUGCCUUCGAGUAUGGUGUCAACGAUCCUUAUACCGGCGAUAUCAAACAUCAAAAGGAAGAGCGUGACGGUGAUGUUGUAAAAGGUGAAUACUCUCUAGUGGAACCCGAUGGCAAUGUUCGUACAGUCAAAUACUAUGCCGAUUGGGAGACAGGAUUCCAUGCUGAAGUCAUUAAUAGUCGAGAUUCCGGAAAAUUAGUCACAAAACGGAGUUCACCGAAAUCGUGAAUAAUUGUUAAGAUAAAUGAAUGAAAUUUAGUUAAAUACACUCAUCAUCAUUUUGUAUCAUCUUUUACGUAUUUGUAGUUAGUUUAAAGGAAAUACGAAAGGACUUUACAACGCAUAGCAUUUACAUAUUCAUUACAUAUGUACAUAUAUAAAACCAGAUAUUUAUCGCCAUUUUAUACUUUGCGCUUUAGUCGUGUUAUGUAAUCCGAACCCCCCAAAAUAAUAUCUAGACAUCAAGUUUGGUCCAAGACUUUAUGACAUAAUUUGCCACCAUUUUUAUUUUGUGUAUUUAAAAAACAAAUGAAAAAUCGAAAAUGAAUUUAAUUAAAGUGUUUCUAUUUUAGUUAUGCACAUAUCUUUGUAUGUAUGAAUAGCGUGGCAUCAUCCCAGCAGUUAGAGAUUUACUCUUUAUUACAUAUGUAUGUAUGUAAAUAUUUUUUAAAUAACUUUUUUUAUAUUGACGAAUCCCGACUUUUCACAAAUAAUACAAGACCCUCCAUUUUUCAGCUGAUAAAGAUCGUUGUAAAUAAUAAAAUAAAUACGUAUAAGUGUAAAAUGUAAUGUUUUUUCUUAUAUCUGGAAUUUUGUCAAGACACAGUUUUCUAGUUUAAAUUUGCUGAAAAUUAUUGGGGAUUUUUUAAAACGAUGUUUCGAAUGUUCUUUUUCUAGAAAUUACGAAAAAGAUAUUUAAAAUAAAAAAAAAAA